UGAGGGUAGUAGAGAGGCUGAUUCUGCUGACUGAGGCGCCAUGGUGGAGCCAGGGGACAGGGAGGUGGCUGGCCAGAGGCUGGGAAUCCCAGAGAGUUUCGGGGUGUCUACCCUGGAACCAGGUCAGCGACCCCCAACCACGCCCCCAGGACGACAGGUCUCUAUCCGGGUACAGCUGCUGGACGACGUCACCGAGGUCUUCGACAUAUCACAACGAGCCCCAGCCAAGGCUCUGUUUGACCUGGUGUGUGUCCAUCUGAACCUGGCUGAAAGAGACUACUGUCUCCAGUACAGAACCCCAGGAGGAUGA